GCUGUUGAGAUGGACAAAGUCAUGCAGGAGCUGGGAAAGACCUUGUGUGACCAGGAUGUGAAUACUGUUGCUGCCCAACACUUUGAUGCCCAGCAAGUGCUGGAGAACAAGUGGGCCAGUGAACUGAAACAAGUCACAGGUAUCCAGAAACAAGAGUAUCAGGAGUGGGUGAUGAAGCUCCACCGGGACCUACAGAACCCCAACAACAGUACAAUAAACGAGGAGAUCAAGGUGCAGCCGGGUCAGCUGGGGGAUGCAGGGGAAGCGGGGGCCCGGCUCUUCGAGGAGCAGCGACAGCUGGAGGAAAGCUUCACCAUCCACUUAGGGGCUCAGCUGAAGACCAUGCACAAUCUACGUCUGGUGCGAUCUGAUGUUCUGGAUUUUUGUAAGCACCAUCGUCACAGCAGCAGCGGGGUGAAGUUACGGCGACUGCAGACCGCACUCUCUCUGUACUCCACAUCGCUUUGUGGUCUGGUGCUGCUGGUCGACAACAGAGUCAACUCAUACAGCGGCAUCAAGAGAGACUUUGCAACAGUGUCUCAGGAGUGUACAGACUUCCACUUCCCCAGAGUGGAUGAGCAGCUGGACAUCAUCCAGCAGGUGGUGCUGUAUGCACGAGCUCAGCGCAGCAGCAAGCAGAGAGAGCAGCCCGAAAUGCCAAGAAAUGGAGGAAGUGAAGACAAAAAUAAGAUCAUAGACAGAAAUUCCUCCAAUAUCCUCCCAGGUGAAUUCUACAUCACACGCCAUUCAAACCUGUCUGAGGUUCAUAUUGUGUUUCACCUCUGUGUGGAUGAUAAUGUGCGCUCUGGAAACAUCACAGCCCGGGACCCAGCCAUCAUGGGGCUGAGGAACAUCCUGAAGGUCUGCUGCACCCAUGACGCAACCACCAUCACCAUCCCACUGCUGCUGGUGCAUGACAUGUCAGAGGAGAUGACUAUUCCCUGGUGCUUGAAACGAGCUGAGCUGGUCUUCAAGUGUGUGAAAGGUUUUAUGAUGGAAAUGGCCUCCUGGGAUGGAGGAAUCUCACGGACUGUCCAGUUCCUUGUUCCCCAGAGUAUCUCAGAGGAGAUGUUCUACCAGCUGAGCAACAUGCUGCCUCAGAUCUUCAGAGUCUCCUCGACGCUCACGCUAACAUCAAAACGCUAAACAAGCCACACAAACGGACGCAUCAGCCCUCGUGUUACACCUCAGCUGACAAUAUGGAGGACAUCUUGUCACUUUAAGUUCUUAAUUUUCAGAGAAGUACAAACCGUAAGCUGUUUUGAUAUGCACUGUCAUGUGAUCAUCAACACAAGCCUGUCACAGAAGGCUUAGCACCAUGUCCUGAUUAUUUCAGUCAUGAAUUUUCACUGGAAUUCGCAAAUUUGUACAUUCCACAUCAAAAAACGCAUUAAAUAUGAGAAGGAAGUGUUCAGAGUUUUAGCUCUUGUCAUACUGUGAAUGCUGUUUACCUAAUGCUGCAUGGGAAACAGGUAAUGCCAAGACCAGCUGUGUGUUUGUGCUGCAUUGCAGUCAAUCACCUUUGGCCCUUGUGUCAUCGUUUCCCUUCACAAACACCAGAUGGCACUGUAUUCGGUAGCAUUUACAUGUAGUGCAAGGUAACCAAAGCUGCUGAUUCCAAAUGUCAAAUGAACCCAACCUUCCAAGCAUUCUAAGUGAUUUACCAUGUGUUUGUGUAUUAGGUGCCAGUUGUAACCCCUGGCAUGUGUGCAGUUAUAUUUGAACUGUGUAAUCUUUGGAAAGUGGGGCAUUUGAAAACCGUAUCAUCUGUUUGUGUUUUUUUAAAGGUAAUUCUAACCAAUUUACCUAAUUUAUAUUUUUAAAUGGGAUUCUUAAAAUAUGCCUAUGUAAUAUUGAUCAGGCUAUUAGGAAAAUUAUGUCCAGUUUUGUAUUUUUAUUUAUUUUUAAAGCCUUUACAAAGAAAAUCUGCAUAUUAACUACUGUCUGUUAAGUGUUUUGUUGGAUUCCUCCUAAUGAGGAUAUUAGCACACGAAGUAGCAAAAGUAGGGCUAAUCUGAGGGUUAAAGGAUUUGCAUCUAUAUUAGCCUUUUGUCCGAUACUACUGACGUGCUAAUUACAUGUUCAUUGCAAAAUGUUUUUUAAAUACAGUACACUUUAUCAAAUUA